AUGCCGUCCGUCGACGUUAAACUCUGCGAAGUGACGGGAAUGGAAGGCAACAACACUUUUUUGCCUCAUGAGAUCAUCAUCAACAUUCUCAAGAGACUUCCCGUAAAAUCCCUAAUCCGAUUUCAGUGUGUCUGUAAAAACUGGAAAAAUCUCUUGAAGGAUCCAUUGUUCAUUACAGAUCACCUCCAUCACUCCAACAUUCAUCUACCUUCUCUUCUCCUCCCCUUUAACGGAAACAAAACGUUGCAGCUAUGUUCAUUCGAUUGCGAUUUUCAACUCAGCGAAGUUCCUAACGCACCUUUGAUUGAUUCCCGGUCGAUUGUUAGGACUUGGGCAGAUGUUAGAGACGUUGAGAUUGUCGGUUCCAGCAACGGCUUGCUCUGCAUUCAAUUCUCGGAUUUUGGACAUCCUCAUACUUUUGUAUUGUGGAAUCCAGCUACUAGAGAGCUUAAAAUGGUGCCCACGACAAUUGAAUUUAGAGGUGAUUACACUAUAGGAUUUGGGUUCAGUAUGAUUGCUAAUGAUUACAAGAUAGUUAAUAUUUAUGGUUAUGGGGAUUUUGAUUUUUGGCGCAAUGUGUGUGAAUGGAGUGGAAGUGUAUUCAUUGGUCUCAGGGUUAUGGAAAGAAGUAGAAUUUGGGAUCUUAGAGGGUCUAGAUAUAUAUUGUGA